CUCAGCGUCCGUUUUGUCGCUGUUGGAAAAGCAAAAAAACAAACAAACUCAGCACCAGGCAGAAACGGUGACAUUAAUGUCACACAACAUGGACUGUUGACUAAACGAGUGUAAGUAAUUCCAGCAGAAGCGAUCAGCAUCUUCAGGACUCAGCUGUGUGUCCAUGAGCUGUCCGUGUAUACACUAAUAUUCAAACAUGGAGACCCCUGACCUGGACACAGAUAAUGUGACUCCACCCUCAAAAAACCAUUAAGCUACCAUGUCCUAGUAUUUUAGUCAUUAAAUGUUCAUAUCUGAAAUAUGUAGUGAGUUUAUAUGAAAAUAAUAAUUGAACCCAAAUUUAUACUAAGCAGGAAAACUUAGCAGUCAUCACUUGAAAAAACUGCUAGAUUCUGUUGAUUGUAAGUAAAAUGAUGUCCUUAUGAAAAUUAACCAUACAAAGCUGUAAAGCCAUCGUAAAGCUAGUUCAUGGCACCAUUAUAAAUGUACAAAGAUUGUAAAUUGAGGAGCAAAUUGUUUUCAGGGAUAAAACACAGACAGGGCAUCAUUUGGGUACUCGGUGUAUUUUAUUUUGUAUAUUUCUUGAUCAAGCUAUUAAUUUGUGGUUACGUGAGUGAGACUUACAUCAAGUGCAGCACACAGGUGUUUAUUUAACCUCAUUUCAGACUGUGGUCAAGCCAAACCGUGAUAGAAACUCCAGUGCACUCAUACAAAGGUUUAUGGUAACUACCUUCAGAUGGCUACACUUUGAAUAUCUGCUGUGAAUUCUGGACAGUUUGAAAAUGUUGAGCAGUAGUGUACUAUGAGCCGUUUCAGCGUUAUUUUUUCCAAGUUCACGCAGGCCAAAUGGAACAAGGCUGUGUACUAUUAAGUAAGCAUGCUUCGAGGCAGUUAGGUUCCCACUCGCAAACUUCCUGCUCUGUAUGCUACGACCUCUGCUGCUGCUGCCUAGUGUUAAACUACAGAGAAAGAGAUCAGACUCACCGGAACCCAGCUGUGUCUCCAUGAAGAGUGAUGCGUCUAUGGAUUUUCCUCAGAACUUUAGAAAUAGAGACUCCUCAUCUGUACACAGUGUUCUACAGAAGUCAGGAGACAGAAGAGAAAAGAACGUCAUCACAGCUACAGGACACGACCCAGAACCUGCUGCUGUAAAUGAAUUCCAGGAAAUGUUCAAAUUAAAUCUGAUGAAGAAAUUUCAGUGUUUAAAUGGAGUGAUGAUAAACCCGGAAAACCGAACACUCCUGAAUGAGAUCUACACAGAGCUGUACAUCACACAGGGAGACAGUGGAAACGUCAAUAAAGAACAUGAGGUGACACAGAUCGAGGCAGCAUCCAGGAGAACAACAACAGAGGAAACACCAAUCAAAUGCAAUGACAUCUUUAAGCCGUUAUCUAAUCAAGACAAACCCAUCAAAACUGUGCUGAAAAAGCCCUUAUCUAAAAAAGACAAACCCAUCAGAACUGUGCUGACAAAGGGAGUCGCUGGCAUCGGAAAAACAGUUUCUGUGCAGAAGUUCAUUCUGGACUGGGCUGAAGGGAAAGCAAAUCAAGAUGUCCACCUCAUUUUUCCACUUCCUUUCAGAGAGCUGAAUUUGAUGAAGGACCAGAAACUGAGUCUGAUGGAUCUCCUUCAUUUCUGUUUUACGGAGACAAAAGAAACAGAAAUGUCCAGUUUGGAAAAGGUUCUGUUCAUUUUUGAUGGAUUGGACGAGUGUCGUUUUCCUCUGGAUUUCCAGAACACAGAGAAAGUGUGUGAUGUAACUGAAUCAGCAUCAGUGCAUGUGCUGCUGAUAAACCUGAUCAAAGGGAAUCUGCUUCCCUCUGCUCUCAUCUGGAUCACCUCCCGAACCGCAGCAGCUGAUCAAAUCCCCUCUGAGCGUGUCCAUCGAGUCACAGAGGUACGAGGGUUCAAUGACCCACAAAAGGAGGAUUACUUCAGGAAGAGGAUCAGUGAUCAGAGCCUGGCCAAUAACAUCAUCACACACCUGAAGUCAUUAAGAAGUCUCUACAUCAUGUGCCACAUCCCAGUCUUCUGCUGGAUUUCAGCCACUGUUCUAGAGAGAAUGUUGGAUGAAGCAGAGAAUGGAGAGAUCCCCAAGACUCUGACUCAAAUGUACACACAUUUCCUCAUCAUUCAGACAAACAUCAUAAGAGAAAAGUACUCAAAGAAGCAGGAGAGUGAUGAAGAAAUGCUUCUCAAACUGGGACGACUGGCUUUUCAGCAGCUGAAGAAGGGCAACCUGAUCUUCUAUGACGAAGACUUGAGAGGGUGUGGCAUUGAUGUGAGAGAAGCAGCAGUGUACUCAGGUGUGUGUACGCAGAUCUUCAGAGAAGAGUUUGGACUUCACCAGAGUAAAGUGUACUGCUUUGUUCAUCUGAGCAUUCAGGAGCAUCUCGCAGCUCUGUAUGUGCACAUGACAUUCAUGAUGGAAAAGAGAAAUGUUCUUAAACAGUUCUCUGACCAGUUGACUGAAGAAAUUACAAUCUCAGAUGUCCACAAGAGUGCUGUAAAUCAGGCCUUAAAGAGUCAGACUGGACAUCUGGAUCUUUUCCUCCGCUUUCUUCUGGGUCUCUCACUGGAGUCCAAUCAGAACCUCUUACAUACCUUAGUAACACAUACAGGAAGUAGCUCCCAGACAGGACAGUGGAAUACAGUACAGUACAUUAAGAUGAACCUCGAUAGAGAUCUUCCUACAGAGAAAUCCAUCAAUCUGUUCCAGUGUCUGAAUGAACUGGGGGACAAUUCUCUAGUGGAGGAAAUCCAACUCUACCUGAAAUCUGGAAAACAAAGUGAACUCUCUUCUUCACAGUGGUCUGCUCUGGUGUUUGUCUUACUGACAUCAGCAGAGGAUCUGGAGGAAUUUGACCUGAAUAAAUAUAUUUCUACAGAUAAUAUAAGAGAUGGGAUUCUUGUGAAGGUGAUGCCUGUGAUUGCAGCAUCCAGAAAAGCAAUUAUUAGGUGUGAUACAAUUCAAAAAAGUGGUUGGUCAGCUCUGGCCUCAGUGCUCAGCUCAGAAACCUCCAAUCUGAGAGAACUGCAUCUGACUGUGGAUACACUGGAUCUGACUGGGAGUAAACUAGGAGACUCAGGAGUGAAGCGUCUCUCUGCUGUACUGGUGAAUCCUCAGUGUAAAGUAAAAAAUCUGAAGUUGCGUAGUUGUGAUCUCUCAGAUGAAGGCUGUGCUGCUCUGACUUCAGCUCUGAGAUCAAACCCCUCACACCUGAGAGAACUGAAUCUGUCUAGGAAUAAUCUAGGAGACUCAGGAGUGAAGUGUCUCUCUGCUGGACUGGAGAAUCCUCACUGUAAACUGGAGAUACUGAAGUUGUGGUGUUGUGAUAUCUCGGAUGAAGGCUGUGCUGCUCUGACUUCAGCUCUGAGAUCAAACCCCUCACACCUGAGAGAACUGUAUCUGUCUGAGAAUAAUCUAGGAGACUCAGGAGUGAAGUGUCUCUCUGCUGGACUGGAGAAUCCUCACUGUAAACUGGAGAUACUGAAGUUGUAUAGUUGUGAUAUUUCAGAUGAAGGCUGUGCUGCUCUGGCUUCAGCUCUGAGAUCAAACCCCUCACACCUGAGAGAACUGAAUCUGUCUGGGAAUAAUCUAGGAGACUCAGGAGUGAAGUGUCUCUCUGCUGGACUGGAGAAUCCUCACUGUAAACUGGAGAUACUGGGGUUGUGGUGUUGUGAUAUCUCAGAUGAAGGCUGUACUGCUCUGGCUUCAGCUCUGAGAUCAAACCCCUCACACCUGAGAGAACUGGAUCUGUCUAGGAAUAAUCUAGGAGACUCAGGAGUGAAGUGUCUCUCUGCUGGACUGGAGAAUCCUCACUGUAAACUGGAGAUACUGAAGUUGUGGUGUUGUGAUAUCUCAGAUGAAGCCUGUGCUGCUCUGACUUCAGCUCUGAGAUCAAACCCCUCACACCUGAGAGAACUGAAUCUGUCUGAGAAUAAUCUAGGAGACUCAGGAGUGAAGUGUCUCUCUGCUGGACUGGAGAAUCCUCACUGUAAACUGGAGAUACUGAAGUUGCGUUAUUGUGGUGUCUCGGAUGAAGGCUGUGCUGCUCUGGCUUCAGCUCUGAGAUCAAACCCCUCACACCUGCGAGAACUGAAUCUGUCUGAGAAUAAAAUAGGAGACUCAGGAGUGAAGUGUCUCUCUGCUCUGAAGAAUGAUGAACAUUACAAACUACAGUCACUGGAAUUUUACUAGACGACACACAUCUCUGCACUGAGUAGAACGACCUGUGAUCCCUGGACAAAAUUUCCUCAAUUCCAAUGAAAACCUGAGGGAUUAUUUGGAACAGCAGGUGAAAAACCACACGAACUCCAGCUGGACCCAGUCAGUGGAAGACGGAGUUGAAAUGCACUGGAACAGGUUCAUGGCAUUAUUGGGAUUCUCACCUGACAGGAUUAGCAUCUGAGGAGUUUAUGUGAAGCAUGGGCGUAGCCAUGCAUUCUUUAGGGGGGGGGGUCGUGUCUCCCCCAAUGUUGAGGAAUUACCAAUCUGUCCCCCCCAAUAUACAGUACAAAAUAUUUCUUUUAUAUCCCCAUUUAAUGAACCCUGCCAACAGAUCUCUCUUUUCUUCAUCUAUUCUAUUUAUUUAUGUCUAUUCCUUUUUAAUAUAUUUCCGUUUGUUAAGGAAAAUCAGUGUAUGCCCCUCCCUCCAAUUCUACAUUUGGUUGCGCCUAUACUCAAUGCAAGUUUGUUGAUAUAUUUUAGUCACUCAGUCUGUAAGAAAUGGAGACAGCAGCCAAGAAAAGUAGAAAAGUGCAGCAGAACAUGCAAGCUUUUUUUCAGACAGUAAGUAACUAGAUACCUAAAUAGUAGGUAACCUUGGCUUAGCAUAGAAGGCAUCAUACCAUGGCUUGGUUUGUUCUGAAGAACGUCAAUUAACUUUUCAUCCACACAGUAGGCUAGGCUACCUUCCGUUCCAGUUUUUGACCUUUAACGUUACAUUCACUUGCAUAUCCACCUGCCGAGUUCGUUGUACCCCCCAAUGUCUAUACCAUGGUUAUGCCCUUGAUGUGAAGAAGCCCCUGGGAGACUCACUACAAGUCACAUUUAUCACUCUGUCCUUUAGUUGGUAUUUAAUAUAGUGUAGAUUUUUUGGUUACAGGAUCAGAUCUAAUCUAUUCUUUAUUUUCUCUGAUAUCUGAUCCCCAUUUCUUUGCUAGUAUCAGCUGAUCAUACCCGGUAUGGGAUCAGUGCCAUCUCUAUACUGUCAUGAUCUCACCCGCAGAGGGCGCUCUGGCGGCGAUGUGCACGGAGAGCCAGAGGGCGCGUGUGCACGAACCAGAGCGAGCACAUGCUCGCAAGUUGCAUAUGAACCAUGGAGACUUUGUAUACAAUGGACAUAUACGUUUGUUUCUGUUUUGUUUCCGCCUUGUUUAGUUAUUGGUGGAGCUGCGAUGGCGCUUCUCAAUUGUUACCAGCUAUCAGUGCUUAAGGUAAAUGACAUAAGUUAUUUAAACCCCUCACGUUGCUGCGCACUUCACGUAGUAUCAGAUGGAAAGAAGUUACAUGUGUAACGGUGCCACGCGGUAAUGUUUCCAUGCCCUGCUCUGGUUUCAUGUUUCACACCUUGGUCCUAGUUAAUAUGUAACUGUGUAAAUGUGCUAAGCGGUAGCGUUUCCAUGACUUGUUCUAGCUUCGUGUUCCAUGCCUUAGUUCUAAUUCGAUGAUAGAUGAGUAUAUAAGUUUGAACGGUGCCACGUGGUAAUGUUUCCAUGCCCUGUUUAAGUUGCAUGUUUCUUGCUUCAGUUCAAGUUUUAUGUUUAGACGUUGUUUCCCGUUUUCUUGUACGCUGACUUUAGUUGUCAAUAAACACGUGAACCUGCACUUGCUUCCGGUAAAGUCUCGUUACGUAACAUAUACACUACUUGUAAUAUUUUGCGUAAUUGUGUCAGUCAAAUACAGUACAUUUUGAAGAAGUGAAUAUGUUGUAUCUUUGUAUUAGACUACAACUUGAGAAAGACACACACACGCACACAAAAAAUAAAAAUAAAAACCUGGAGGGUUUGUUAUUACAAAACUUCUGAACAAGUCUGAUUUAAUUUUUAAAUCAGUCAAAACGAUGUCAACAAUAUGUUGUGUAUGUCUUUUAAAAGUUGGGUAUUCUGGGUAUAAACAGAUAAUAUAAAUAAAUAAAUUCAGAAAACACGAAUGCUUAAUGUCAUAAAUAAUGUGCAAAUACAUAUUAAAUGUAAAGAAAUAUAAAUAUGAUUAGAAUGCAUUUUUUUCUGUCUGGAUGAUUUGAGUCUCAUUGCAGUUACUGUAGUAAUUAAACUCAACAUUGCAAAGA